AUGUCUUCUCGAACUAUCGGGGACAGUGGUACUGAGAGGCGCACGUCCUUAUAUCAACUGCGCAGGGCAAAGGCACAGCUGGCAGAGAAUGACUGGACUGGGCCUCCUUUUAAUGUUAUCUACGCAGGGCUUGCAGCUCGGUUCCACCUCCUGACUGGAGUGACGAUCGCCGUUGCUGUACGUGACUCCACGUAUUUGCUUGACUUCGCCCAAUAUACCUUUACUACAAGCAACCAAAGCCAUUAUCAGGCCGAAAUCUCUCAGUUCAUCGUGGAGAAAAUGAGGGACUACCAGGAACAGCACGGUGAGAAGUUCAUCGGCUUGGCAAUGCCCACCGACCUGGCGGAACGAUGCCCGGAUCUCUGUACACGCCUUUGGUCUGAGCUUGAUGUAAUCCCUAUUGUGCUCCGGAAAUCGGAAGAAAAGUUGAGCUGGGGUAUGUUUGAAGAACAUUUACCGCAUAGAUCGUUGGACGAACACACCGAGUCUAUUGCAAGAAAAUGCAUCCGAUUCUUUGGACCUACUCAUGCUCCGGUGCCCGAGAUCGGUAGCCGAGGCCUUGUUGAGGUAGAUGCCGCCUUUCACGUACAGAUUACCACUCUUGCAGACUAUAAGAAAACAGUAGGAACGGCAACUUGGGCAGCAAUACAAAAGUACGCGAGUGACCUCCAGAAGCGAAGAGUAAAGGUAGCCUUCUUCAGCGCUACUCCGCAGGGCGGUGGCGUCGCUCUGAUGCGGCAUGCAAUGGUCCGUUUCGCAAAAGUACUCGGAGUCGACCUCAGAUGGUAUGUCCCUAGACCAAGACAUGGCAUUUUCCGAAUUACGAAAAACAACCAUAAUAUAUUGCAGGGGGUCGCACCCCCCGGCCUCCGGUUCACUGCCGCAGACAAGAAUUCGCUUCGAGAUUGGGUAAUUGACAAUGCCGAACGCUACUGGUUCAAGGGGAUCCCUCUUCCUCCGUGGUUGGAACAGUUUUCUCCUCAUGCCUAUACAUGGAUCAGUCGGUAUGGCCCUCCCCAUCCCGCCUGGUUUGAAAAGAACGGACCGCUGGUGCCACCUUGGGAGGGAGGUGCCGAUGUUGUGGUCAUUGACGACCCUCAACUGCCAUGGCUUAUUCCACUUAUCAAAGCUCGCACCCCACAGCGGCCAGUCAUUUUCCGCAGUCAUAUCCAGAUACGAAGCGAUCUGGUUGAUACACCUGGUACUCCUCAAGCAGAGGCUUGGGAGUUCCUGUGGGAGGCCAUUAGCAAAUCAGACAUCUUUGUAAGCCAUCCUGUUCGUGCGUUUGUUCCACAGGUUGUUCCCAGGCAGAAGCUUGGAUAUUUGCCUGCGUCAACGGACUGGUUAGACGGACUCAAUAAACCCAUGACGGACUGGACCGCCAGUCACUAUGGUCGGAUCUUUAAUGCCAAGUGCCGGGAGCAGUAUAUGCCAAACAUAGGAUUUCCAAAAGAGGAUUACAUAGUCCAGAUUGCCCGAUUUGACCCUUCAAAGGGGAUUCAAGAUGUUCUCAUUUCAUACGAGAAGUUUCAUAAACAGCUUGCCAGAUCCCGUCCAGAUCUGAACCCCCCCAAACUGCUUAUCUGCGGUCAUGGGUCAGUCGAUGACCCUGACGGCUCAAUUGUCUACGACGCUGCUCUUGAAUUUAUUGAGCAACAUCUGCAGCACAUUCGGAAUCUGAUAUGUGUUAUGCGUAUUGGCCCUAGCGACCAAAUGCUCCAUGCCCUCUUGUCGAGGGCAAAGAUCGCUCUGCAACUUUCUACAAGGGAGGGCUUUGAGGUGAAAGUGUCAGAAGCACUCCAUAUGGGAAAACCGGUGAUUGCGACACUCGCCGGUGGUAUUCCGCUUCAGAUUCAGCACGGUAAAAAUGGAUUUCUAGUAAAGCCUGGGGACACAGACACGGUGAGUGGGUAUCUGUUCUCACUGUAUACCGACCAUGAAAUGUAUGAUCGUAUAAGCAAGUACGCGGCGGGCAGUGUAAGUGACGAGGUCAGCACGGUCGGUAACACCCUAUCAUGGCUAUUUUUGGCGUCCAAAUUGUCAAAUGGUGAGCACAUGGAGCCUAAUGGGCGCUGGAUAAACGACAUGGCUCGCGAGGAGGCGGGUGAGCCUUAUGGUCCUGAGGAGUACAGGCUCGAGCGAACGCUGGCAGCUUAA